UGUAUGGUUCAGCUCCAGGCUCAUUCCUGCUAAAAUGAAACCAAAGUGAAACGGACCUGGAGCUCAGCGACGAGGCUGAACUUUGAAUCCGUUCCAAACUUGCAAUCCGUUCCAAACUUAGAAUCCGUAAUAGCUGCCGCAGUUCCCUUCGGUCUGCUGUACAGGCUGAUCAGGGCUGAGCGGCUCCUCCACUGUGUUUCCCGCAGGACUGAGAGAGGAGAAAUGGAGGAAUAUCUUCACCCCCUUGCUGUGGAGGCUAUGGAGGGUCCCUGGCCCUCAGCCUCCACCAGGACCCUCACUGCCAAACUCCAGAUUUACUUUCAGAGCAGGAAGAAGUCUCAGGGUGGAGACUGUGUGGUGAAGUUCCCCGAGGACAGCAGCGCCGCUACUGUUCUCUUCAGAUCAGCUCAGACUCGAGAUCAGGUUCUCGCUAAAGGAGAUCACUCCAUAACUAUUGAAAACAAGCUGGUGAAACUGAAGGUGUUCAAACCCGGUGAUGAAGAGAAACAGAAGACAGAAGAGCCCAGCGCAGCAGCUGCAACAGGAAGUGAUGUGGAACCAACCUUUCAGAAAACAGCUGUACAGAGAAUUCUGGAAAGAACUGAUCACAGUAUAUGCAGAGUGCCAGUCAGCGUUUAUUCGUAUUUUAACACUGAUGAGAGUCAGGCUGACCGCUCAACUAAGCCAUCUCCCGGGGACAGUUUGGGAGACUCCCCACAGUCAGGUGCUGUAGUCCUGGAGAAACUGCCUGACAAUGUUUCCAAAGAAGUCCUGGCACUUUUAGUGGAGAACAUCAGCGAUGCUUCCGAAGAGGAUUAUUUCCUGGAGACAAUAAGAGAAUCAAAUGUUGCUGUGGUGACUUUUAAUGACCCCAGUGUUGCUGAGAAGUUCCUUGUGGAGAGCAGGAGCAAUAAAAAGGUCCAGCAGUAUGGUCUAAUGGGACGGGCUCUGGAAAAAAGUAGAAGUGUUAAGGUGGAACAUUUGCCUGGUCAGACUUCUACAGACCUGCUAGAACUUUACUUCGAAAAGUGGGGUGGAGCAGUGAAGAACAUCACCACGGUUCCAGAAGAACAGGCUGCCAUUGUCACUUUUUGCAAGCAACAGGAUGCAGAGAAAGUUCUGGGGAAAGAUCUCAGUAUUGGCAAGACAGCAGUCACUGUCUACCCAUAUUACAUGUCUUUGGGUACCGCCUUGUAUGGCAAAGACAGACCAACAUGGACACUGCCCAAACCUUUCACAGAGAAGAUCCAUCCUGCUAUCAGAGAAUUCCUCCAUAAGAAGGGGCUAAUAUUCUCCAUCUGUAAGAAGAUGAACUCAUUGUUCUGCCAGGUGAACAUGGACAAAGCUGAAGUCCAGCUCAGUCCUCUUCCCACACUGCUGAAACAGAAGGGUAUAACCAAGAAAUACAUAGACGACUGGAGGCAAAACGCCACAGAUGAGUUUAGAAACAUACUCUCCAAAUAUGCUGUUUUUGAGUGUGCAGUGAUCCCCUCUGUUUGGUCUACAAUAGAGACAGACAUUCGGUCAGCAGUGAAAGAUAAAGCCUUCAUGAAGAUGCAUGAUGGAAUCCUGACUCUGGCAGGAACGAAGCAACACAUUAAUCUGCUGAAGCCGAUUUUGGAGAAUGUUUUAAAGAAAGCAUCAGAUCAGAUGCAAAGGGACCAGAAGAGUGUUGAAGAAAGCAUGGAGAUGUCCCCUUCCAUAGUCUCUCUGCUUCUGCAGGAAGGACUUCAACACAAUGCUUCAGCUAAAUACCCAGAGCUCGAACUUGCGUACAAAAAAGACACCAAUCAGUUAACAUUGUGUGGCCUUUCUGUGGAAAUUGUUGACAUCAAAAAUUGGAUCCUUGAGAGGAGACUGAGACUGAAACAGAAGAUUCUGAAAAUGGACCCUUCAUUAUUGGAGUUCCUGAGAUCAGUGGACUGUGAGGAGAUGUCAGGAGAUCUGUUUAUAACCAAGGGAAUCAGUGCAGUUUGCACAGUUGAAAAUGGGGAUGUUGUGUUGACUGGAAGCACAGACAGAUCACUGACUGAGGCAGAGCAGAGACUUCAAAUGGUACUUAUGUCCAGUACCCUCUCUUUAGAGGAUUUAAGUGUGCUUGAAAAGCCGGAAUGGCGCUCUCUCAAUGAUCAACUGUGUGACACAUACAACUUAGCCAGGAAAAAAACUGUGAUUAUAAAACCCUCAAAUGACACAGUUGUAGUUACUGGCUUUCAGCAACCAGUCUUGGAGGUCAGCAGGAGCUUGGAGAUAUUCAUCAACAUGUACUCAAGAAUCGAAGAGGUCCUUCGUGUCAAGUCAUGCGCUGUGGUGAAGUUCAUAAAUGAGAAAAAGUCCCCAGUUUGGAAGAAACUUGAGGUGACAGUUCAUUUUGAGCCCAAACGACCCUUGAUCCGACUGUCUGGGGAGCGUGUUCACGUCCAACCAGCCAUGGAGAUCUUUCAGAAGAUUGCAGACGCUCUCCAUACGGAUAGGCUGACGAUUGAAAAAGCAGGUGCUAAAAAGUACUUCCAGGAGCAGGGAAGCAUGUUCUUGAUGAUGAUGAAGGAACAUAGAUUUGUGGUCGUUCUUGAGGAAAGUCACAUGCUGGAAGAGGAUGAAGAUGAUUAUGAUGACAAUGACAGGGUGGAAGAUUUUGGACAGUUGUCCUGUGAGGUCCAGUUCCCUGGUGGGGUCAUCAUCACGGUCAGAAAGGCUGAUAUCUGUCAGUUUAAAGUAGAUGCUGUGGUCAAUGCUGCCAAUGAGGACUUGAAGCACAUUGGUGGUGUGGCUUUGGCACUUCUGAAAGCUGCUGGACCAAGUUUACAAGAAUGGAGUGACACAUAUGUAGUUGCACAUGGACGAGUGCCACCUGGAAAGGCUGUCACUACUGGAGCAGGUCGUCUUCCAUGCAAAUGCGUGGUGCAUGCUGUGGGUCCCCACUACACACAUUCAGACAAGUUAAUUGCAGUGAAGCAGCUGAGACAGGCUGUGAGGGAGAGUCUGAACCAAGCAGAGAGUAACAAGUGCUCCUCCAUUGCGGUCCCGGCUAUCAGCUCAGGAAUAUUUGGCUUUCCUCUUGAACUCUGCACUGAAACGAUUGCCAAGGAACUGCAUGCUUACAUCAAAGAUCAGAAGCAUCAAGGUGGCAUGAACAUGUUAAGACAGAUUCAUCUGGUGGACCUCAAUGCCAACACUGUGAAUGCCAUGGCUCAGGCAGUUAAGAAGGAAUUUGCAGCCUUCAGCCCCAAAGUGGCCCAAAGUGGGCCAAGGAGUAAUGAACCACAUGGUUAUGGAAGAAAUGAAUCUGUGGAGUUCGACAUUCAAGGACAGACAUGGGAACAGAACUCAAGCCAACCGACCAGAUCACAGUAUGAUGACUUCAACCGAUCAGGGUCCCUUGAAACUCAGUCCACACAAGAGGGACUCAGAAUCAUUCUGAAGCAAGGGAAUAUCCAAGAUGCACUUUCUGAUGUGAUUGUCAACACUAUCUCAGGAGACGUGGACCUCAGCAAAGGUGCUGUCUCCAAUGCGCUCCUGCAGGCUGCUGGUUCUCAACUCCAGGCAGAAGCUAGGUCUAAUCUGGCUGCAAGUGGAUAUUCUAAUCUAAGUUAUGGAGACAUGGUGGUUACCAGUGGCUAUAAGCUAAAUUGUCAAAGGGUCUUCCAUACUGUUUGUCCAUCAUGGAAAGGAGGAGCUGGUUCAGAGGAUGAGGUGCUAAAACAGAUCAUUAGAGAUUGCCUAAAAAAGGUAGAACAUCAAAAAAUGGCUUCGAUUUCUUUCCCGGCCAUUGGAACCGGGAUCCUUGGCUUUCCCAAAGAUCUGGUGUCCAGGAUUGUGCUGAGAGAAAUUCACAACUUUAGUGCCAAUGUCCAGCCUCAAUAUCUUAAAGUAGUGACUGUGAUUGUGCACCCUUCAGACAACGAGACUGUACAGAGUUUCAUAAAGAGCUUCAGAGGUGGGAGGCCAGGUCCCAUCACAAAAGGAGCGCAUGCUAUUCCUCAACAGUCACCUAAAAAAUCACCCAUUGCCAGACCCUCACAGUCUCCUGGACUUUUUGGAGUGGUUUCCACUCCGACUCUUGGAGUGCACUCAGUUCAGGUGGGACAUGUGACCCUCGAGGUGUCGUCAGGUGACAUCACCAAAGAGAGAAGUGAUGCCAUCGUUAACUCCUCCAAUCAAUCGUUUUCUUUGAAAGCAGGAGUCUCCAAGGCCAUUUUAGAUGCUGCUGGAUUAGCAGUGGAACUGGAGUGUGCACAGAUUGUGAAUGCACCAAGUUUUCAACAGAAGGAAAUGAUUCUGACCUCUGGAGGUCAGCUCCCAUGCAGACACAUAAUCCACAUCGUAGGCAGAAACACUCCUGCAGCCAUCAAGGAUGCUGUUUACUCUGUUUUAAAGUUGUGUGAGGCUCAGAAGUUCUCCUCUGUUGCCUUUCCAGCUCUUGGCACAGGCCAAGGUGGUGCAAGUCCUUCUGCUGUUGCUGAUGCCAUGAUUGACGCUGUAAUCGACUUUGUGAAGAAGAAAAAAGAGUCGCACUUACAGAGUGUGAAGUUCCUGAUAUUCCAGACAACAAUGAUGUCAGAUUUCCACCAGAGCAUGCUGAGGAGGCAGCAGGAGGGCGUGGAGGAGGACACCACUGUGUUGGACUGGUUGAAAGAAAAAUUUGGCUCUAUGGCCAGCUACAUUACGGGCAACAGUCCAGAAGCCAGUCGACAAUUCCGUUCUGAACAUGAGGACUUUGUGAUGGUGGGUGAGGAGUUUGAGCCGGCGGUCUUUCAGCUGUGUGCAGAGAGUCAGCAGGACCUGAAUGAAGCCAGAGAACUGAUCAACAGCUUCAUCGUCAGAGAGCACACGAGUUCAUCCGUUUGGGACUCCGCCAUCAACAGUUUCACCAGAAAGGACGCAGAGAUGCUGACUAACCUGCAGAGGGAGCUCACGGUCAGCAUUCAGCUUGAUAAGAAUGGUCCAGAGCCGGUCAUCACCGUGGAGGGCCUGACCCGAGACGUGGUCAAGGCAGAGAGCGCCAUCCGGGACAUGAUCCGCAAAGUGGAGAGGAACGAAGCCCGAAAACGUGACGCCUUCAUGAUCAGCAGCUUGGUAGAGUGGCAGUAUCUGGACAGGACAAAUAAUCUCGUACCCUUUGAUAUUUACACUAACUAUGACCUGGAGGAGGCCUAUGGGAAAAAACAACCUCGCAUAAAGAUCAAGGUCAACAACGAGGAGCUUGACGUUGAUUUAACCCAAAGAGUGGCUUAUUUAAGAAACAGAAGGAUUGAAUUGAAGAGGGUUGACCAGAAAGUGGCUCUGCCCAGGCACUGGGAGAAAAUGAAAGACGGCGAGUUCGUUAAGCGGGUCCAAAUUCAACAAGGCAGCCCAGAAUACACGAAUGUGGAGAAUGAGUUCAGGACAACUGGGCUGGCCAAUAAAAUUCUUAACAUCGAGAGGGUCCAGAACAGCACUCUGUGGAGGAACUACAUGAUCCAGAAGAAGCAUUUUGAAGAAAAGAACAGGCACAGGAACAAUGAGAAGAGGCUGUUCCACGGCACCGGCGCUCAGAACAUAGACAAGAUCGACCACCGGGGCUUCAAUAGGAGCUAUGCUGGCACACAUGGUGCCAUGUAUGGGAAUGGCGUGUAUUUUGCUGUUGACCCAAGUUACUCAGCCCAAGGAUACUCCCAGCCUGACCAGCAAGGUCAUAAGCGCAUGUAUCUGGCCAGAGUGUUGGUCGGUGACUACACCACAGGAAAGGGUGGUCUAAUUUCUCCCCCAGCCAAGAGCUCUACAGCCACAGAUUUGUAUGACAGCGUCACUGAUAAUCAACAAACCCCGAAGAUGUUUGUGAUCUUCCAUGACGUGCAGGCGUAUCCGGAAUACCUGAUCACCUUUCAGUAGGAUAUUUUUAAUCAGCAGUUGUGGACUGAUUAUGAUUAUCCAUAUUUCAAUUUUCUGUUAUGUUACUCACUCUUAUGGAUUAUGUUUAAUUAGUUGCUGUAAUGAAUAGAGCUAUUAGGUGUGGGUGCAUUUCAAUAGAUCAGUAAAUAUUAAUAAAUAAUGGUACAAAUACAUUUAAAAUAUUUCACUAAUAAAAUAUUUUUCUAAUGUUUAUAAAUUAUGACCUACUAUGUUUAUGGUGCAAUAUUGUGUGCUACAGAUUGCAAUGGUUAUUAAUGCAGAAAAAUUGCAAUAUUAUAUGCAAUAUUCAUGACUGACAUCAAGUUAUUCCUCCUUAUGUCACUGCAUCCUUGAAAAAAUAAACAGGUUAUUAUAGAUCUAUGUU